AUGUUACGCUUGUUGUUGUUAUCGGUUGUAAUUGUUCUCGUUCGAUAUGCUUCUGCCAGAACAUGUCCAUCUCGAUCAUUCAUCAAACAAUCACUUAUCGAUGCUCAUAUCCCAGGUGCAGCAAUUAUUGUAGUCAAUACUACCGAUAUUCUCUAUCAAGAAGCAUUUGGUCAUCAAUCUUUUUUUCCAAUGCAAAUGAUGGAUGUGAACAAAUCAGUUUUUGUUCUUGGUUCAAUCUCGAAAACAUUUAUUGCUGUAGCAGUCAUGCAACUAGUUGAAUUGAAUCGACUCGAUCUUGAUACAGAUAUCAAUCAGUAUUUAUCAUCACCCAAUCAACGUAUCUCUCAUCCACAAUAUCCUUCUCAUGCGAUUACUCUUCGUCAACUUCUCUCUCAUUCAGCAUCCAUCGGUAUCAAUGAAGAAACAGAUCUUACUUUUAUGCAAUAUGAAGACGAUGCGUUCAUGCAAAUGUCAUUGGCUGAUGCUUGUUUUACAUACCUAAGUCACAAUACAUCAAACUGGUUACCUAAACCACCAGGUACUGUAACACUUUACUCAAAUGUUGGUGCGUCACUUGCCGGAUUAGUUAUUGAACGUGUCACACAAAUGCCGUAUGAAUUAUAUGUCAAGGAAAAUAUAUUGAUACCAUUAGGUAUUAACGUAAAAAAAGUUGGCUUUCGUCUGUCUGAUAUUGAAGAUAAAGAAGAAUUAGUUAAACAAUAUGCAUUCAAUACGUCAUAUCUCGAAGCAUGGAAUCAAGCAUUACCACAACUGAAUAUUACAAAAAAUCCUUUGCUUGAUUGGCUUUAUAUUCCAUUCUAUAGUAUGAGUAUUUAUCCAGCUGGUCUUUUACGAAUGUCAGCUCAAUCCCUUUCCAAAUUUCUUCGAAUGUUUAUGAACAAUGGAUCUUCUUUGUUACAUCCUCGCUCAAUUGCCGAAAUGCGAAAAGUAGUGGAUGGUGUCGUUCCAUAUGACAAUUCAAAUCCACCAAUACUUAGUUUUGGCUUGAUUUGGAACUGGCGAAAGUUAAGAAAUCGCCAGCGAUACAUUGGUCACGGUGGAUCAAUGCCUGGCGCAAGACAUUCCAUGCUGAUUAACGAACAAGGGACUAUUGGCAUAAUUGUUCUGACUAAUGCAGAUGUUUCUCCUCAUAAUGAUAUAUCAAUAAGAACUCGUGGGAAAACAGAAGAUAUUCAAAUGUCACUCUUUAGUUGUUUUGAGAAUUGA